CCCUCUCUUCCCUCAUCACCCCACAUCCCGAGGACUUCCUCUGUUCUAUCUCUUAACUGAGUUUUCCCCUUCCUCUGUCUAUUUUCUGUUCGUAAAAAUUCCAUGGCCGCUACCCAUCUCUCUUCGUCUUCUUCUAUAGAGAAGACCCAUCUUGUCUCUCCAUACCCAUCUCGGAACCUCGUUUCUUUCUCUGCUAAAACCUUUCAAAACCCCUCCUUUUCUCCCAAACCAUGCUGUUCUCAAUCCCUCUCGCAUUCCCAGAAACCUCUUUUUAAGCUCUCUUCCAAGAAUCCCAUCUCUGUGCGUUCCGAUGAUGACGAUAAGCCCCGAGAAGAAUGCGGCGUUGUGGGUAUAUUUAGAGACCCUGAAGCCUCCAGGCUCUGCUAUCUAGCCCUCCACGCUCUUCAACAUCGUGGGCAAGAAGGUGCUGGAAUCGUCUCUGUCAACAAUGGCGUCCUCCAAUCCAUCACCGGCGUUGGUCUUGUCUCUGAUGUCUUCAACGAGUCCAAGCUGGAACAGCUACCUGGCGAUUCCGCAAUUGGGCAUGUUCGUUACUCUACCGCAGGCUCUUCUAUGCUCAAGAACGUUCAACCUUUCGUUGCUGGGUAUCGUUUUGGUUCUGUUGGUGUUGCCCAUAAUGGCAAUUUGGUGAAUUAUCGCUCUCUAAGAGCGAACCUUGAAAACAAUGGUUCCAUCUUCAAUACCAGCUCUGAUACAGAGGUUGUUCUUCACUUGAUUGCAACAUCAAAAGUUCGUCCAUUCUUUCUCAGGAUCGUUGAAGCCUGCGAGAAGCUCAAAGGUGCAUAUUCGAUGGUUUUCAUCACAGAAGACAAGCUUGUUGCAGUGCGUGACCCAUAUGGGUUUCGUCCUCUGGUCAUGGGAAGGAGAAGUAAUGGUGCAAUCGUGUUUGCUUCCGAGACCUGUGCGCUUGACCUCAUAGAAGCAACCUAUGAGCGUGAGGUUAAUCCAGGAGAAGUGUUGGUGGUCGACAAAAGUGGAAUUCAAUCGCUCUGCUUGAUGCCUCACCAGGAUCAGAAGGCCUGUAUCUUUGAGCAUAUCUACUUCUCUCUACCCAGUUCUGUGGUCUUCGGUCGAUCAGUCUAUGAAUCUCGUCAUGCUUUUGGGCAAAUACUGGCCACUGAAGCGCCGGUAGACUGUGAUGUUGUGAUAGCUGUGCCGGAUUCCGGAGUGGUUGCGGCUCUUGGGUAUGCAGAGAAGGCAGGAGUUCCCUUCCAACAAGGGCUGAUAAGGUCACACUAUGUGGGGAGGACGUUCAUUGAACCGUCCCAGAAGAUUAGGGACUUUGGAGUGAAGCUCAAGCUUGCACCAGUCAGGGCAGUAUUAGAAGGGAAGAGAGUUGUGGUUGUGGAUGAUUCAAUUGUGAGGGGGACUACAUCUUCCAAGAUUGUUAGGUUGCUCAAGGAAUCAGGGGCAAAGGAGGUUCACAUGAGAAUUGCUAGCCCACCGAUUGUUGGGUCUUGCUACUAUGGUGUGGACACACCCAGCUCAGAGGAGUUGAUUUCUAAUAGGAUGACUGUAGAGGAGGUAAGGAAGUUCAUUGGGUCUGACUCACUGGCGUUCUUGCCGCUCAACAGCUUGAAGAAGUUGCUUGGCCAUGAUUCUCCAAACUAUUGUUAUGCUUGCUUCUCUGGGGAGUACCCUGUUCCUCCUAAUGAAGUUAUGGUGAAAAGGGUGGGUGAUUUUGUGGAUGAUGGUUUGAAUGGAAGUUUAGAAUCAAUAGAUGGAGGUUGGGUUAAUGCAACUAAAACUCUGAUGGAGGGGAAAGCUUAAUGGACCAAGUAGUGGUCGUUGGUCGUCCUCAUGAUGAUGAUUUUGUUUUUUAUACCUUGAAUUUAAUCUUAGGAUCCUUUUGUCUUAGAUGGGAAACUGACUUGGGGUAUA